AUGGAUGUCAUAAGCUGUAUACUAUGUCUUCUCUUGACAUGGAUGUUGGUUAUAGCCCUACAAUCUAUAGCCAAACGACUCAAACCGACUUCAACAAAGCUUCCACCGGGACCCAGAAGUUUUCCAGUCAUCGGGAAUCUCUUAGGACUUGGUGACAAACCUCACAAAGCCUUAGCCCGGCUUGCCAAGGUUCAUGGCCCCAUAAUGACUUUGAAACUUGGCCAGGUGACCACAAUAGUCAUUUCUUCAGAUAACAUGGCCAAACAAGUCCUUCAGAUUCAUGAUUUAUAUUUCUGUAACCGAACCAUUCCUGACGCGCUUUACGCCCACCAACACCAUGAAUUCAGUAUGGCUUGGUUACCGGUUUCAAGUGCAUGGAGAAAUCUCAGGAAAAUAUGCAAUUCACAUAUUUUCACUAGUCAGAAACUUGAUGCCAAUCAAGAUCUACGUCGCAAGAAAGUUCAAGAACUCCUUGCUUAUGUUCAAGAAAGUUGCCGUGCGGCUAGAGCAGUAGAUAUUGGCCAAGCGGCUUUCAGUACUAGUCUUAAUUUGAUUUCAAACACUAUUUUCUCAAUUGACUUGGCUGAUCCCAAUUCAGAUAUUGCACGAGAGUUCAAGGAGCUUGUUUGGGGAAUCAUGGUUGAGGCUGGGAAGCCUAACUUGGCCGAUUUUUUUCCUGUGCUUAAAAAGAUUGACCCCCAAGGCAGGAGGAGUCGCAUGACAGUAUAUUUUGGAAAGAUGUUGGAGCUGUUUGAUCACAUGAUUGAUCAACGUUUGCAGCUAAAAGAAGGGCAGGAUUAUGUAAAAAGCAAAGAUAUGUUAGAUAUACUUCUCGAGGUCAUAGCGGAAAACCGCAGUGAGGAGAUUGAUAGAAAUAAUAUCAAACAUUUGUUUGUGGAUUUAUUUGCUGCCGGAACUGAGACAACUUCAAGCACAUUGGAAUGGGCACUGGCAGAACUUCUUCACAAUCCGGAAGCAUUAUCUAAAGUAAAAUUAGAGCUGGAGCAAACUAUUGGAAAAGGGAACUUGGUUGAGGAAUCAGACGUCACUCGUUUACCUUACUUACAAGCAAUUGUCAAGGAAACUUUCAGGUUGCACCCAGCAGUUCCGUUAUUACUUCCCCGCAAAGCUUCAAACGACAUAGAAGUCGGUGGCUUCACAAUCCCAAAGGACUCACAAAUUUUUGUGAAUGCAUGGGCUAUUGGCAGAGAUCCGAGCACAUGGGACAACCCAAACUCUUUUGUACCUGAAAGAUUCUUCGGGUCGGACCUUGAUGUCAAAGGCCGAAAUUUUGAGCUGAUCCCAUUUGGUGGAGGGCGAAGAAUAUGUCCUGGUUUGCCAUUGGCAAUCAGAAUGCUACCUUUAAUAUUGGGUUCACUUAUUCACUCUUUUGAUUGGAAGCUUGAAACAGUUACACCGAAGAACAUGGACAUGGAUGACAAGUUUGGCAUCACUUUACAAAUGGCUGAACCACUUCUUGCUGUGCCUAUUGCCUGCUAUUUAGAAUAG